UCAAGAGUGAAGAGAUUAACGAAGAUGGCUUCAAGACCCAUUGUUCCUCAACAAGCCAGAGCAGGAGAUGCCGGAGUUGGAGGCGCCGGAGCAGCAGUUCACAAGCAGACGAAGAAGAACGCGGCGCCCGGAGAUGGGAGGAGCCGCCGUGCGUUGGGGGAUAUCGGGAAUGUGGCGAACUUUCGAGGAGUGGUUGUUGAGGGCAAACCCCAGCAGCAGAUUCAACGUCCACUCACCAGAUCUUUUUGCGCUCAAUUACUCGCCAAUGCCCAAGCUGUCGCAGCCGCCGAGAAGAACAAGAAAAAUGUAUGUGUUAAUGUGGAAAAAGCUCCUGUUCUUGAUGGAGUGCCUAAAAGAGGUGUCGCCGCUGCACCGAAGGCUGUUCAAAGGAAACCGGCUGCUAAGCCCUUUCCCGCGACGGCAGAAGUGAUCGAAAUCAGUCCAGAUGUCGAAGAAGAGGUGGAAGUGAAGGAGGAGAAGAAGAAAGACAAGGUUGAAGUGAAGAACAAUAAAAAAGUAACUGAAGGGGAGAAAUCAUCCAAGAAAAAGCAACAUACUUUUUCUUCAGCCCUUACUGCAAGAAGCAAGGCUGCUCAUGGAAUUGCAAACAAGCCAAAAGAGCAGAUUGUUCUUGACAUUGAUGAAGCAGAUGCUAAUAACCACUUGGCUGGUGUGGAAUACGUUGAGGAUAUCUACAAGUUCUAUAAAUCUGUUGAGAAUGAGAGCAGGCCAAAUUACUAUAUGCACUUGCAGACUGAUAUCAAUGAGAAGAUGAGGGCGAUUCUCAUAGAUUGGCUGAUUGAUGUUCACCAAAAGUUUGAGCUUUCACCCGAAGCUCUCUAUCUUACCGUCAAUUUGAUUGAUCGGUUCCUAUCAGUGAAAGUCGUACCGAGGAAGGAAUUACAACUGCUUGGCAUGAGUGCCAUGCUCAUUGCCACCAAAUAUGAAGAAAUCUGGCCCCCUGAGGUCAAUGAUCUAGUAUGCAUUGCAGACAGAACUUUCACUCAUGAACAAAUACUUUUGAUGGAGAAAACUAUACUGAGAAGGUUGGAAUGGACUUUGACAGUGCCUACACACUACGUAUUCCUUGCUCGGUUCAUCAAGGCUUCGAUCCCGGAUCUGAAAAUGGAAAACAUGGUAUACUUCCUAGCUGAAUUGGGGAUAAUGCACUAUGAGACAAUUCGGUUCUGCCCGUCAAUGGUGGCUGCCUCGGCUGUGUAUGCCGCUCGAUGCACUCUAAACAAGACACCGGCUUGGACCGACACGCUCGAGUUCCACACCGGUUACUCGGAGCAGCAGCUCGUGGAUUAUGCUAAGCUGCUGGCUUAUUUCCAGUCCAAGGCUGCAGAGAGUAGGCUUCAGGUUGUGUAUAAGAAGUACUCGAGCCCUCUACGAGGCGCCGUUGCGUUGUUUCCGCCAUCCAAGUAUCUAUUAUCAGCUGAAAGCAGGGUUCAGGUUGCAUAGAUUUAGAUUAGGAUUUCUGGAAACUAAUUCUUGUGUGAAUGAAAAACAAUGCAUUGAUAUU